ACCCCGGCCCCGCUCCGCGAACACAGCCCCCGAACCCCCGUUCCCCCGGGGCCGGGACGGGCCGCCAGCCCGGGCCGCUGCCGGAGGGUCGGGCGCGGCUACUCGGGGCAUUGCGGUAGCGGCGCGGCCAUGGAGCGGGGCGCGCGGAGCGGCGGCGGGCUGCUGGCGGCCGCCUGGCGGAGCGCGUGGGAGCGCGGGCACUGGCACGGCGGCGGGAGCCUGGGCGGCCUGGCCCGGCGGGCCCGGGGCGCUGCGGACGGCGAGGGGACACGGGGCCUGGCACACAGCACCGACACACAGUCCUGCCCCCGAAGAGCUGUCUGCACAACUCUCGGGGGGUUCUCCCCGCGCGGUCUCCAGCUGCGUCACUGUCCGUACGUUGUACCUGCCGUGCUCUGUGUCCCCAGCAGGACCGCGGGGACCCGGCUGUUCUCCGUGGCCGCUGCCGCCAGAGCCCUUCUGGGCAGGGGCAGCGGGGCCGGGAGCCAGCAGCUCACCCUGCGCGACGUGGCGGAGCGGAUCCGGCACAACGAGUGCCGGCGGGUGGUGGUGAUGGCCGGCGCGGGGAUCAGCACCCCCAGCGGCAUCCCGGAUUUCAGGUCCCCGGGCAGCGGGCUCUACAGCAACCUGCAGCAAUACGACAUCCCUUACCCUGAGGCCAUCUUCGAACUGAUGUAUUUCUUUGCCAACCCGAAGCCCUUUUUCACUUUGGCCAAGGAGCUCUACCCUGGCAACUACAGACCCAACUAUGCCCACUAUUUCCUGAGGCUCCUGCACGACAAAGGGCUCCUGCUGCGCCUCUACACCCAGAACAUCGACGGGCUGGAGAGAGCUGCGGGGAUCCCUCCCGACAGGCUGGUGGAAGCCCACGGCACCUUUGCCACGGCCACGUGUACCGUGUGCCGAAGGAAGUUCCCAGGAGAGGACUUCAGGGGGGACGUCAUGGCGGUCAAGGUCCCACACUGUCGCGUCUGCACAGGCGUCGUCAAGCCCGACAUCGUGUUCUUCGGUGAGGAGCUCCCACAGCGCUUCUUCCUGCACGUGACCGACUUCCCCAUGGCAGACCUGCUCUUCGUCAUCGGAACGUCCCUGGAGGUCUGGGAUUCGGGCAGAGCGCCGCUCACCAGGAGGAAACGGCACACGGGGCCCGAGAGCGCUGGGGAGGAGAGAGGGGUGGAGCCCUUCGCCAGCCUGGCCGGAGCCGUGCGCAGCUCCGUCCCCCGCGUCCUCAUCAACCGCGACCUCGUGGGGCCCUUCGCCUGGCGGCAGCGCCACAACGACGUCGCGCAGCUGGGGGACGUGGUCAGCGGCGUGGAGACACUGGUGGAGCUGCUGGACUGGAGGGAGGAGAUGCAGACGCUGAUGCAGAAGGAAAAAGAAAAGGUGGGAAGGGGCUCAGAGCCCCGGCUCCCUUCUGAGCCUCUGCGUUCCUGCUCCUGAGCAGUAACGAGGGGAGGCUCUGACUGCGCUGCCUGAGCCCCAGGAGGUGCUGAGCGGCCGGACACCCGAGGAGCAGCGGGCAGGAGCGAGGGACUUGCUCCCCCAGCAGCGGUGAAUCGUUAACUACAGACCUGACGCUUUUCCCCGCUGGUCGUUUAUUUCCCUGUGCUGUUGUUACAUCCGCAAUCUUCUGAGAUCUUCAGGAGUGAGAAAUUGUAGGAGAGCAAGUUCUUAAUUCCUUUGAGUGUAGUGCUGUGCGGGCCCAGCUCCGUUGCCUGCGUUGGGGCUUUGCUGACUCGCCGUAGUCAGCAGCCAGUUGUACUUUUAACAGAUACACUGCCCAUACGUGACUUCUUCAAACCAGGAGAAAAUCUGGCUUCAAGAUUCCGAGUUUAGCAUUCGGGUUAUUCUUACUUUCAUCAGAUUAUGGGGUGAGAAUGAGUAGGAAUUCCUAGUCUUUCGGUAAGGUUUUAGAUUUUUCACACAAGCCCUUUUGCAUUUGUAUAAGAUCAACCAGCUCUUGAUUUAAUGCUUGUGCUGCUCUAAACCACCAAUGGGUAAAGCUGGUGCAAGCGUGGGAAAGCCUGAGACCAGACUCCUCGCUCUGGGGUUUGGCCGAGCUGCCGGGGCUGGAAGGGUCAGGUGCUCUCUGGUCUUUCUAUUUUCAGCUGGAUGCGAAGGACAACUAGGCCGGCCGGCUCCCCGAGGCUGGAGAGCCGCGUCACCGCCACACGGGGCCGGCGUGGCAGCGCGGCAGAGCGGACCGCGGCACGGAGCCGGGAGGCCGGCAGCUCACAGACCGGCGGGCUGGCAGGGGACGCUGGUGGCCCAGUCCCGCUGAGUCCUGCUGGGAGCCGGUUCUGCCCUUGGUGCUCCUGCCCGCACCGUCAGAACAGCCGAUGCAGCCACGGGACUCCGCUCCCUCCUCAUCGCCUCAUUUCAGCACCCGCUGGGACUCUCCUCCUCCCUGGCUCCAGCUGUCACCCGCCGCACCCCGUUCCACCGCGUCCAGCCACCGGAGCGUCGCCUGGAGUGGCCAAGAGCUCGCGGGCUCAUGCCAGCGGGUCAGACAAGCCAGGCAGUGCGGGUGCCAGUGGGGUCUCCCUCUUCCUGAGCCGUUCAACCUCGGCCACGGCCGCUCCGCGGGCACUCGGCCGCCGUCGUCCCGCCGCUGCAGGCCUGUCGUGUUGGUUCUGCACACGGAAUCUGUGCGAGUCGGGCGACUGCUGUCCCCACUCCUGCUCAGGAACGCCGGCCCACGCUGCUGGAAGAGUUUCAAAUCACUACAGUGUUAAUUAUUUCAUAAUAAAAAGAGUUCUAAUUCCUUU